UAUGAGAAGAACUAUCUGCCUUCUACCGCUGCUAUGCCUGAGUGUACGCACUCCGGCAGCUCCGCUUGAAGAAACAAUAAAGCCAGCCGGUCCGGAACGCCUCUACCAAGGUGAUAUGCAUGUGAAAUACAGUCGGAACGGGCUGAGAGAUGCAAAGUUCCACUGGCCCAAUGCAACAGUCUACUUCAAGAUAUCAACUACAUUCAGUGAGCCUCAAGUAAAUCAGAUAAAUCUGGCAAUGCAAAUGAUUCAAAAUGUUUCAUGCGUUCGUUUUGUGCCUGCAGAUGAAGAUGUCAAAGGUUAUGUAUUUGUUAACGAUUCUGACACCGGCUGUUGGUCUCAGAUUGGUUACUACGGCCAGGAGCAGAUUGUUAACUUACAUACCGGUUGUUUAUCUUUGGGCAUCAUACAGCAUGAACUACUCCACACUUUGGGAUUCCUUCAUCAGCAAAACUCUGCUGACCGCGAUGAUUACAUCAACAUCGAUUGGACCAAUAUUAAAGAGAAACACAAAAAAAAUUUUAUCAAAGCCAAUUCUAGUCUUGUGUGGAACUUUGGUUCAAAAUAUGAUUAUAACAGCAUCAUGCACUACUCUGGGACUGCCUUUAGAAUAAACUCCAGUCGGCCAACAAUUGAGACCUUGCAAAAUCUAAAUGGUAGAAGAAUAGGACAAAGAGAGCGUAUGAGUGACACGGAUAUAUCUCGUCUCAACAAUAUGUACAAGUGUGAUUUGGCAACGAGUACAGAGAAUUGGGAAUCAAAUGAGAACAGUUGAGAAUAAAAGUAUU